AGCCAUCAUAAUUGCAUGAGGUUAAACAUCCAAUCCCAUUUCAACUCUCUAGCAUUUGAGCCAAUAACUAAAAGGCGAUCGGCAAACUACCAGCCCACCAUAUGGGGAUUUGAUUUUCUGCAAUCUUUAAAGAGUGAUUACACUGAGGAGGCCUAUAAGAGCAAGACCAAGAAAUUGGAGGAGGAAGUAAAGUCUAGGCUGGAUGAUAAAGCCAUGGGGCAUCUUUCUCAGCUUGAGCUGAUUGAUGACAUCCAAAGGCUUGGGUUAGGCUAUCUCUUUGAGGAGGAGAUCAAGAAAGCAUUGGACAUCAUAGCAUGCUUGAAAGAUAUGGAUCAUACUAGAACUGAUCAGGAGGAGAGUCUCCAUGCCACAGCUCUUCGAUUUAAGCUUCUUAGACAACAUGGAUAUGAAAUUAACCAAGGUUUGUUCAAUCACUUGAAAGAUGAGGCUGGAAAUUUCAUAGCAAGUUAUUUAGAUGAUGUGAAGGGAGUUCUAAGUUUGUAUGAAGCUUCUCACUUGGCUGUAGAAGGUGAAAAUAUCUUAGAUGAGGCCAAAGGCUUGACAAGGACAGCAUUGGAAAUUAAGAUCAAGUGUAAUAUGGAAUCAUGGCUUGCAAAACAAGUGAACCAUGCUUUGGAGCUCCCCCUCCACUGGAGAAUGCCUUGGUUAGAAGCUAGGUGGUACAUUGACAUCUACCACAAAAAGGAGAACUCAAUUCCUACUUUAAUUGAGCUAGCUAAGUUAAAUUUCAACAUUGUCCAAGGUGUACACCAAAGAGAGCUAGUUGAGUUGUCAAGGUGGUGGAAAAUUUUGGGCCUCGGAGACCACUUGGGAUUCAUUAGAGAGAGUGUGAUCCGGGGCUUUUUAUGGACAUUAGGAAUGAACCCAGAACCUCAAUACAGUAAUUUUAGGAUUGACCUUACAAAGAUCGUUAUGCUAAUAACUGCGGUCGAUGAUGUUUAUGAUGUCUAUGGAUCCUUGGAAGAACUCGAGCUUUUUACUCAUGCUGUGGAGAGAUGGGAUAUUGAGGCAAUGGAACAACUUCCAGACUAUAUGAAGAUAUGCUUCUUGGCUGUUUUCAAUACUGUGAAUGAAAUGGGCUAUUUUCACAUCAAACAACAUGGAUUUCAAAGGAUACCUUUCCUACAGAAAGAGUGGGUUGAUUUAUGCAAAGCAUACUUGAUAGAGGCAAAGUGGUACUACAACAAUCAUAAAACAACACUUGAGGAGUACCUAAACAAUGGAAUUACUUCAAUAGCAUGCAAAGCCUUGCUCAUUCAUGCAUUUUUCUCAUCCCCAUUAACUUUUCCAAAGGAGACUUUAUAUUGUUUUUCACAACAUCCAAGUCUCUUAGAUUGGUCAGCGAUUAUUUUUCGACUUGCUGAUGAUCUUGGUACUUCAAAGGAUGAAUUAGAGAGGGGAGAUGUCCUGAAAUCAAUCCAGUCUUACAUGCACGAAACCGGGGCUUCUGAAGAUGUAGCUCGUGAACAGAUGUGGAAUAUGAUUCAUGAAACAUGGAAGAAGAUAAAUAAGGAAUUUCUUCUUCCCCAGCAUUUUAUCAGAACCACCUUAAAGCUUGUUCGAAACUCACUAUGCAUAUAUCAAUAUGGAGAUGGUCAUGGUGCAAUAGACGAUCAGACCAAGAAUCGAGUCAAAUUAUUGUUGUUUGAAGCUAUUCCCAUAGACGGCGCCAAUCUGUUGCCGCUUGAUUCUGAUCGGGCUAAGGUGGAUAACUUGUAG